GAAAGCAAAAGCCGGCGAGAGGCGAGCGCCGCCGCGUCCCUUCCCCGCGCGCUGGGCGAGCAUCUGGGGCGGCGGCCGCCAUGGCCCAGGAGAACGGCGACGAGGGCGCCGCGUGGAAGAAGCCGGCCGAAGACAUCGCGCAGAUCUUCGCCUUCAAGGAGACGCUGGGAACCGGCGCAUUUUCUGAAGUGGUUUUGGCCGAGAACCGGUCCACUGGAAAACUCUUUGCAGUUAAGUGCAUCCCAAAGAAAGCCCUGAAAGGAAAGGAAAGCAGCAUAGAGAACGAAAUUGCCGUCCUGAGGAAAAUCAAGCAUGAAAAUAUUGUUGCACUGGAAGACAUCUACGAGAGCCCAAACCACCUGUAUCUGGUCAUGCAGCUAGUGUCAGGAGGAGAACUGUUUGACCGGAUCGUGGAGAAAGGAUUUUACACGGAAAAAGAUGCGAGCACCCUGAUACGGCAGGUCUUGGACGCCGUGUACUAUCUCCACAGGAUGGGCAUUGUUCACAGAGAUCUGAAGCCUGAAAACUUGCUGUACUACAGCCAGGAUGAAGAAUCUAAAAUCAUGAUUAGUGAUUUUGGCCUGUCAAAAAUGGAGGGCAAAGGUGACGUCAUGUCCACAGCAUGUGGUACCCCAGGAUAUGUUGCUCCUGAAGUGCUUGCCCAGAAACCCUACAGCAAAGCAGUGGACUGUUGGUCCAUUGGAGUCAUUGCAUAUAUUCUGCUCUGUGGGUAUCCUCCGUUCUAUGAUGAAAAUGACUCUAAGCUUUUUGAGCAGAUCCUUAAGGCAGAAUAUGAAUUUGAUUCUCCAUAUUGGGAUGACAUCUCUGAGUCUGCUAAAGAUUUUAUUCGGAAUCUGAUGGAGAAAGACCCCAAUAAAAGAUACACAUGUGAACAGGCAGCCCGACAUCCAUGGAUUGCCGGUGACACAGCCCUCAGUAAAAAUAUCCAUGAAUCUGUCAGUGCUCAGAUCCGUAAGAACUUUGCAAAAAGCAAAUGGAGACAAGCAUUUAAUGCCACAGCAGUGGUGAGGCACAUGAGACGAUUACAUCUUGGCAGCAGUUUAGACAGUUCAAACGUCAGCGUGUCAAGCGCCCUCAGUCUGGCCAGACCACACCCCGAGGGAACAGCCAGGAAAGACUGUAUGUCCCCGUCCACGCCCUGUAGUUUUGCAUCAACCGCUUCAUCUGCCAUCUCUGCUGUAGGAGAGAGGAGAACAAGGCAGACCACAGUCACAACGGUGCACACAGGGACCAAGUGAUCCGGACCCGCUUCUUCCCCUGCAGGAAGAAGAAGAAGAAGUCGGAAGUAGGGGAAAUGCCCAGGUGGGCAAACAGGCAAUCAGGCAGGCAAACCUUCUCCUGGCUGAUUUCAUCCUGCAUUGCAAACUCGGUGAAGGACUAGAAGAAGAGAAGGAUUUUUUAAAAACGGCCAUAUUUAUAUUGCAAUUCUGAAAUGUUGUGUUUAUCACCAACUGCAAUGACUCCCAGAGGGCGAGAGGGAGGAGACCGGGAUCAGGUCUAACAGAGUCUGGUGCUGGUUGAAUGAAUCUAGGAAUGUUCUGACUAAUGGACACUCAUAUUAUUUGCUCAGUGAUUUACUCUUUUCUCAGUGUAGAUAACAAUAUGUGCUUUUUCAUUAACUAAAGGUCUCAACUGGAUUAUUUAACAGAAUUAAUUUCAAAGUAUAAUUAAUUUUUAUUUUGGGUUUGGGGGAGUGUAUUUUCCAGCGGCAUCAGUUUUGUUUAAACUUGCAUUAACCUUUUCCAACCGUGACGGUUUCAUAGGCAUGUAAGAGCCCCACCCCCCACCCUCCAAGAUCCUGACAUUGGUGGUUGUUGUGGGUUUUCCGGGCUGUAUUGCCGUGGUCUUGGCAUUGUAGUUC